GGAGCUCGCAAACUGGCAGCCCGCGCGAGCGCUCGCCAAGGCAGCCGCGGGCGAAAGCACGCGCGGCGAUGCGGCGCUGGGCUCUCCUGCUCCUGCCUCUCGCGGUCGUGUGCGCGGCGGCGGCGGCGGCGGCGGCAGCCCACGCCACCGGCGGCCACGGGAGCCCCGGCGGGGGCGCCGAAUGCGGGCUGGAGGAGCGCUCCCGGCGGGCGAGGCGAGCCACCCGGCGCCAACAGCACCACCAGCAGCGCACGACCAAACGCUUCUGGCGUUACCCCGCGCCGGGCACCUGCGCCACACGGUUAGCCCGGGGUAGGCGCUCUUCUUCCAUUUCGGCGGCCGGAGCUUUGGAAGCGCCCCGGGUCCCCCGGCGGAGGAGGCGAGCUCAGGACGAAGCCCCGGGACCAAACGAGGGUCGCCGGCCCCUGACCCCACCGAGCAGGGCGUUUUAUUUCCGAGGCCAGGGCGAGCAGCUGCGCUUGAAGGCGGAGCUGGAGAUACCCCGGGAUGCUUUCACCGUCCAGGCUUGGUUGCGGCCCGAAGGGGGCCAGAAGGCGCCGGCUGUGAUCGCAGGAUUAUACGACAAAUGUUCUUACACCACCCUGGACCGAGGAUGGGUUUUGGGAAUUAACAACAUCAGUGACCAAGGUAAUCGAGAUCCCCGCUAUUUUUUCUCACUGAAGACCGACCGUGCCCGGAAGGUCACUACCAUCACGGAUCACCACAGCUACCUUCCGAAUCAAUGGGUUCACCUCGCCAUCACUUACGAUGGACGUUUGAUGAAGAUGUACGUCAACGGUGCCCAGGUGGCGGCUAGCAGGGAACAGGUAGGGAGUAUCUUCAGCCCUUUGAGUUUGAAAUGUAAGAUCCUUAUGCUGGGUGGCAACGCCCUAAACCAAAAUUACCGAGGAUACGUAGAACAUUUUAGUCUUUGGAGAACGGUCCGUUCUCAGAAGGAGAUACUGAUGGACAUGACUCUGGUGGCUCAUGAAGUAGAUGUUCCUCUACCUCAGCUGGUGUUUCAGGAGACUUUACUGAAUGUGAAAAGCAACUGGUCUCCCAUGAAAGACAGCCCACGUCUUCCUCUCACCGAGUUCACCUCCCACUCUGGCUACCUGUUGGAUACCAGCCUGGAGCCUCCUCUUUGUGGCCAAAUGGUUUGCGACAAUGUGGAGGUCAUCACCAGUUACAACCAGAUCCCGACCUUCCGCCACAGGAAGGUGGUCCGUUACCGCGUGGUGAACAUUUACGACGACCGUCACCGCAACCCGACCAUCAGCCAGCAACAAAUAGAGUUCCAGCACCGACAACUCAACGAAGCCUUCGGCCCGUACAACAUCUCGUGGGAAAUAGAGGUGCUGGAGAUCAACGAUUCCUCCCUUCGCGACCGCCUCAUCCUGGCCAACUGCGAAAUCAGCAAGAUUGGAGACGAGAGCUGCGAUCCGGAGUGCAACCAUACGUUGACUGGCUUUGACGGGGGAGAUUGCCGCCACGUGCGCCAGCUUUCCUUCAACAAGAAGAAACAGAAUGGCGUUUGUGACAUGGAUUGCAACUCGGAGAAGUACAACUUCGACGGCGGGGAUUGCUGCAAUCCAGAUAUAACGGAUGUCACCAAAACCUGCUUUGAUCCCGAUUCUCCUAACAGGGCCUACUUAGAUGUCAAGGAACUGAAGAACAGGCUCAACCUGAAUGGCUCCACACACCUCAACAUUUUCUUCGCCAAUUCUUCCGAAGAAGAGCUGGCUGGCAUGGCCACCUUUCCUUGGGACAAAGAAGCCUUGGUGCACUUGGGAGGUAUCGUCCUGAACCCUUCCUUCUACGGCAUUGCGGGUCACACCCACACCAUGAUCCAUGAAGUCGGACACAGCCUCGGACUCUACCAUGUCUUUAAAGGGGUGUCUGAGGUCUUCUCCUGCAGCGACCCAUGCAUGGAAACGGAACCAUCCUUCGAGACGGGAGACCUCUGCCACGAUACCAAUCCUACCCCGACUCACAAAGUCUGCGCUGAUCCCCCUGCUAAUAGUAACAUGUGUGGGUUCCAUAACUUCCAGAAUACACCGUUCAACAACUUUAUGAGCUACGCAGAUGAUGACUGCACCAAUUCCUUCACCCCAAACCAGGUUGCCCGUAUGCACUGCUACUUAGAUCUAGUGUAUCAAAGCUGGCAACAUAUCAAGAAGCCAGCCCCCAUUGCCAUCACGCCUCAGAUUGUGGACCGAACAGAAGCCUCCGUUACUCUGGAGUGGUUUCCACCAAUCGACCGACACUUCUUUGAAAGAGAAGUGGGAUCAUCGUGCGAGCUGUGCGGGGAAGAACAAAUUCUGGUGCAAUACGCUUCCAGCGCCUCUUCGCCGAUGCCGUGCGACCCGUCAGGCCACUGGAGCCCCCGAGGAGCUGAAGGCCACCCAGAUGUAGAGCAGCCAUGUAAACCUGACGUCCGAACGUGGACUCCCAAUUCAGCGGUCAUCAAGCAAACUGUCCCACCGGCUUGCCCUGAACCUCAAGGAUGCUACCUUCAGCUUCAGUUCCAAUAUCCGGUCGUCCCAGAAUCUCUGACCAUCUGGGUGACUUAUGUUUCCCCCGAGUGGGACUCCAAAGAAGCCAUAAACGACGUCAAAUUGUUGAUGGUUGGCGGAGAAAACGUUUCGCUUGGGCCUCAGAACUUCUUCUGUGAUGUCCCCAUGACCAUCAGACUGGAUACAGAGAAGAUGAAGGACGAAGUCCAAGGCAUACAGAUUUACACCUUAGACGAACAACUGGAAAUCGAUGCUGCUAUGAUCACUUCGGUUCCCCAGAGCUCGCAGUGUAAAAAGUGCCGGCCCAUCCACUACAAAGUCUCCCGGGACCCUCCGUUUCAGAAAGGACCUUCCUUUCUCAUCUCGGACCUCAGUCGGACAUUUGUGGACACUGACCUGAAGGAUGGCACGUCAUACCAUUAUCGGGUUUCUGUUGUUUCUGAACAAAAGGAAAGCGAGCCUUCUCCCACACUGUCCUACACACACGGAAAAGGCUACUGCGGUGAUGGGAUUAUCCAGAAAGACCUCGGGGAAGAAUGUGAUGACAUGAACAAAGUGAAUCGUGAUGGAUGCUCCCUCUUUUGCCGUCGGGAAUUAUCUUUCAACUGUGUAGAUGAGCCAAGUCGUUGCUACUUCCACGAUGGGGAUGGCGUGUGUGAAGAGUUUGAGCAGGCAACCAGCAUCACGGAUUGUGGCAUCUACACGCCCAAAGGAUUCCUGGACCAGUGGGCAUCCAAUGUGUCGGUUUCACACUACAAUGAGAAAUGCCCAGCUACUGUGGUAGCAGGUCAGCCGGCAGCAAAUCAAAUGUGCCGCACCAAGGAGUACGACUUCAAUGAUGCUAUGGCCCAAUAUGCGUGGUACCCCUGCACCGCCAACCACACUCACACAGUUUUCUGGCUGAAGGCUUUCUAUACCCAACCCAUGGUAGCCGCUGCAGUGAUUAUCCACUUGGUAACAGAUGGGACAUGGCUGGAGGUAGAGCUCGACCAGAAACAAGAGUCAAUUUUUGUGCAACUGGUGGACACUAAAAACCAAAGUCACGAUCUCGGGGAGCACGGUUUGAGCUGCCGAAAAAACCCUUUGAUUAUCCCGGUUGUCCAUGACCUUAGCCAGCAUUUCUACCGGACUCGGGCCAUCCUCAUCACCUUCAGAUCUCAGUAUGUGGCAAUCUCCGGGGUGGCCUUGCGCUCCUUCCAGAAUUUCGACCCCAUCGCUGUCAGCAGCUGUCAAAGCGGACAGACCUACAGCCCGCUGAACAGAGGUAACUGUGUCCCCCAUUCUUGCAAGACCAUGGACUGCCAAAAGCUGGACAUUGAGAACGCCAUGCUGACUUUCACCGACGGAGGGCACUACAAUGGCGCCCAGUGUAACGUUACCUGCCGAACAGGUUAUGUCCUCCAGGCUCACGGAACCAACAAUCUGCCCCAGAGCCAGUGGGAGCCAAGCACCACCAUGACAUGCCUGGAUGGGGAGUGGAACAAGCAGGUAUCCUGUGAGCCCAUUGACUGCAGAACUCCGGACCAGCACCAUGUCUACCCUGCUACUUUUAACUGCAGUGAAGGGACCACUUUUGGCAAGAAAUGCUCCUUUACCUGCAAGCCUCCUGCUCAGCUGAAAGGAAGCAAUAACCAUUUGACGUGCUUGGAAGAUGGGUUGUGGUCCUUCCCGGAGGCUCUUUGUGAGCUGAUGUGCAAGGCACCUCCUUUGAUUCACAACGCUGACCUCCAAACUGGACGCUGCCGGCUUCAGAAACAUAAAGUGGGCUCCUUCUGCAAAUAUAAGUGCAGACCAGGCUACCACGUCCCUGGACCUUCACAGAAGACAAGGAAGAGGACAUUUAAGAUCCAGUGUGCCCAAGAUGGGACGUGGCUGCAAGGAGCCUGCAUCCCUGUGACCUGUGACCCUCCCCCUUCCAUGUUUCAUGGGCUGUACCAUUGCACCAACGGCUUCCAGUUCGACAGCGUGUGUCAGAUUAAGUGCAAAGAGGAAGACCUUCAAUCUGGCGAUGAAAAUAAUGUGAUUCGUUGUCGGAAGGAUGGCAACUGGAGUGGAUCCUUCCACCUCUGCUCGGAAAUGCAAGGACAUUGUUUUCCACCCACCCAGUUGAGUGGCGGCCUGAAGUUACAAUGUCCGGAGGGCUCCGGAAUAGGAGCUGAAUGCACCAUCUUAUGCCCGGAACAUCACACUGAGCCCAUCCUGUUACCUGCCAAUGAAACAUUGCAGGACAUUCAACACUGGAUGAAACCUCCGCGAGUAAAGAAAGUGGUCUGCACAGGAGAACUUAAGUGGUAUCCUCACCCUGCGUUGAUUCACUGCAUCAAAGGAUGUGAGCCUUUUGGGGGUGACAACUAUUGCGAUCCGGUCAACAACCGAGCCUUUUGCAACUACGACGACGGAGAUUGUUGCGUCUCGACGGUGAAGACCAAAAAGGUCAUCCCGUUCCCCAUGUCUUGCGACCUGCGGGGAGAAUGUGCUUGUUUAGAUCCCAAUGCUGAAGAGCACAAUCAACAGGAUCACCGUGGCUUCAACUUUGCCUAACGCCAAGCGCUAAGGUGCAGCAGAAAGAGAGACAGAGACAGAGAGAGAGAGGGAGGGAGAGACAGAGACAGAGACAGAGACAGAGAGCUUCCCCGCCAGCGGCAGGCAAGGAGACGCACCAUUCCACCUCUCGUUUUAUCAGUAUCAUUUCUUUUUUUUUUUUUAUAACAAGCUGCUCAAAUUGUCCCCCGGUGUCGUUUCCACGCCGGGGGCAUUUAUAGACUGCAACCGGUUCUGCCUUCCGUUUUUUUUUGCCCCGAGGAGACCCGAAACUCUGCCGGAGGGACGGGGUGGAGGGGGGGGAGAAACGGCGGCCAGCCGGAUUAUUUGUAUUAAUUGUAUCUUAACUAGCGAGAACAAGCAAGACCGCCCAAAAAAAACCCACACAAAAAAAACAAGGACUUUCCAGGGCAGGUCGUAGGGGUGGGGGU